AUGCGAUUGUUUCAGAGAGGUAAUGUUAGAAGGCUGUCACAACAUUUGGUGAUACAUUCAAGAGACGCCAGCUCACCCAUAAGUUUCAAUGUGAACUUGUUGAAGGUGCCGUCAAACUUUGGGUAUUCGUCAUCUAGAAUCAACCGGAUGUAUAAUGAGGAUAGAUGGCAAACUUCGAUUCUUGACAUGGAUGUGGGUCAAUUGGUUACAGACACAAGCUACAGUGAGCUGAUGAAAAAUGUGGAUCGUGUAGAGGAACCCAAAUAUGGCCCAUGUCCAAAGGUUGAAAACUGUGUCUUUGCAUUUGGAGUUUUCGAUGGACAUGGAGGAGAUGAGUGUUCCAAUUAUUUAAAGAACCACCUAUUUGAAAAUGUUGAGAGACUGGCCAUCACCAGGGAAAGUGUUGACUUGAUGAGAGAGUUCUAUAAAUUGAAGAUAUCAGGGUAUUGGAAGAGAUGGAAUCGUCGUUUUGGACAAGUGGUUAUACAAGAAUGUGGAUUAAGGAAUGUUGAAAAAUGGUGCAAGGAAUAUGGGGUCAAAUUUAACGAUUUUGUCAGCGGAAGUAAGUUUUGGGACGUACUUGACAAAAUGAUAGCCAGUGGCAAUCUAACCCAUUGGGAGAUAUUUCGACUACGUGUUUGGGUUUCAUACUUGUUUACAGAUUUGCAGUUCCUAACAUAUGAAAACGAGUUCAAUUCAAUACAGGAUAAAAAGGGCAAGGUAAUUAACUCAGGUAGUACAUGCACAUCGGCAUUUAUAUAUGGGAUUGAUUGGCAAGAUGGUGAUUUGAAUCACUACUUCUACGAUGAGAAAGUAGUAUCGAGGCUGGUAGUUGCGCAUGUUGGUGACACACGAGCUAUUCUAUGUGAUAAAGAUGGAGUUGCUAGAACUCUUACCAAGGAUCACCAUCCGUCGAAUCCUAUUGAAGCGCAGAGGUUGAGAAAAUUGAGUGCUGGGUUGAUCAUGACAGAUUCAUUUGGAGAGGAGAGAUACCUAAACUUUGCCAAUACCAGGUCUUUUGGGGAUAUAAGUGCGAAAAACGUUGGUAUAACAGCGGAGCCUGAGAUCAGUGAGUGGCUAAUUGGGGACCCUUCCAUGGUGCAGUCUUAUAAAAAGAGAGAAAGUUUGGAAAUACCCGAUUUUGGAGGUGAUGAAUGUUUCCUUGUGUUAACAAGCGAUGGAGUGACCAAUACUUUGUCUGAUCAAGAAAUUGUUGACAUAAUAAUGACAAACUACAAUAACAAAGGCCAUAAGUGGGGGAACCCAUCGAAAUGUGCAAAUGAGGUUGUUGAGUUUGUACAAUGUAUAGAUGGUGAUGACAAUGCCACUUGUUUGGUUGUGAGGUUAGCUGGGUGGGGGAAGUGGCCAAUCCUUGACCGCACGGGUAAACUAAGAGAGGAAAGAAUGAUGGGUUCUAGGUAUCGGUUAUAG